CACGCUGCGGGACUAAUGGACGCCUUCGAUUUGUUUCGGAAACUCGGAUCAGGCAAAUUCGACCUGAAGAGGUUUGGACAAGACGCGCUCGGUUCAGGUGAAUGUAACGCGGAGCUGACGCUCUUCGUAUCAGACUCACUGCUGUUUGCUGUCUUCUGUUUGACUGUGACUGAAGCUGGUGGCGGACCGCCAAAAGACUCGCAGGGAAACGGCAUCACCUGGACCUCCUCAUUGGACAGAAAGAUCCAAAACCUGCCGAGUGAUGGGAAGGAGAAAUCCUCGCUGAAGAGGCUGAAGCAUCUUCAUCAGGAAAAGGUGAAUCGUAUUCGCUCUCAACACCGUAUAAACGUGCACGGCUCCGACGUCCCCGACCCUGUGUGCACGUUUGAGGAGCUGCAGUCCGAGUAUCGCCUCAACUCGUGUGUCCUCCAGAACCUCAAAGACGCAGGGCUGGACUCCCCAACGCCAGUACAGAUGCAGGCGAUACCGCUCAUGAUGCAUGGUCGGGAGCUGCUGGCCUGCGCUCCCACUGGAUCAGGAAAGACUUUGGCUUUCUGUCUCCCGCUGCUCGCCCACCUGCAGCAGCCGGCCAACCUGGGCUUCAGAGCUGUGAUCAUCUCCCCGACCAGAGAACUGGCCAGCCAGACCUACAGAGAGCUGCUCCGCCUGUCAGAGGGAGUAGGAUUUAGAGUUCACAUCAUAGACAAAGCCUCUCUGGCAGCCAAGAAAUACGGACCACAGUCAAACAAAAAAUAUGAUAUACUCGUCAGUACUCCAAACAGACUUGUCUUCCUUCUCAACCAGGAUCCUCCAGCUCUCGACCUCAGCAGUGUGGAGUGGCUGAUUGUCGACGAGUCCGAUAAGCUGUUCGAGGGCGGUAAGACGGGCUUCAGGGAGCAACUGGCCACAGUUUUUCUGGCCUGUUCUAGUUCAAAGGUGCGCAGAGCUUUCUUCAGCGCCACCUGCACGACAGAUGUGGAACAGUGGUGCCGUCUGAACCUCGACAACCUGGUGUCUGUCAACAUUGGACACAGAAAUACGGCCGUUGAGUCGGUGGAACAGCAGCUGCUGUUUGUUGGGACCGAGAACGGCAAACUGGUGGCCAUGAGGGACAUCAUCAAAAAAGGUUUCCUGCCACCCAUGCUGGUGUUUGUGCAGUCUAUAGACCGAGCACGGGAGCUUUUCCAUGAGCUGGUGUAUGAGGGCAUCAAUGUAGACGUGAUCCACGCAGAUCGCACACAGCAGCAGCGGGACAACGUAGUGAACAGUUUCCGCUCCGGUAAGAUUUGGGUAUUGAUCUGCACGGCUCUGCUCGCCAGAGGAAUCGACUUCAAAGGGGUCAACCUCGUGCUGAACUACGACUUCCCCACCAGCUCCGUGGAGUACAUCCAUAGAAUUGGUCGGACUGGUAGAGCUGGACAUCAGGGGAAGGCCAUAACCUUUUUCACAGAAAAUGACAAGCCACUGCUGCGCAGCAUCGCUAAUGUAAUAAAACAAGCAGGAUGUCCUGUACCCGACUACAUGAUUGGCUUCAAGAAGAUACACAGCAAAGUGAAGCGGAGACUUGAGAAGAAACCUCCCAACAGAAGCACCAUUUGCACAACUCCUCGCUUCUUAAUGAAGAAGAAAGGCAACGCACCGAAUAAAGGACAGAAAAGAGAGAAGCGGACAGCGAGUGAAGAGCAGAAAGGGCCGAGCGGAUCUCAAACUGCAGUGCAGCAGCAGAAAGGGGAAAAGAAGGCAAAAGGAGAGGGGCUGAAGAAAAGAAAUAAAGCACAGCAAGAAAGGGGAACAGAAAAGCACAAGAAGGCUUCUCAGAAAACUGGAGCCAAGUUAAAAAAGAAAAAGGGGAAGAAAAAUAAGCCACAGGAGGAAUAAAAGAGAAGUGGUACGAGCAGACUGAUGGAUGUGGAUUUUUUUUUUUUUUUUUUGGAUUCACUGCUAAUUGUCACAUUUGUGCUUUGUAUUAUCAGAGUAUAAAAUAAAGUGUUUUAUAUAUAUAUA